AUGCCCGUCCGCACCGCUGACGACCCACUCGACGAGGUGCUCAAGCCGCCUCCGGACGAGUCUCCAGAAGACCGUGUGGUAAGGCUGCAGAAUGAGGCAGAGGCAAAGAGGGUUAGCUUGGCUAUUGAUGCUAGCAUCAAGGCUGAACGACAUGCGAGGAGGAAAAAGAGGAUUGUGAGGCUGUUGUUGCUGGGUCAGAGCGAGUCUGGGAAAUCAACAACUCUACGACAAUUUCAAAGACUGUAUACACCCACCGCCUUUCGCGAGGAACGUAUCCUCUGGCGCGCUGUUAUCCAACUCAACAUCGUCAGGUCAAUACGCACCAUCCUCGAUGCUUUGACCUUUCCUUCAACUUCAACGUCCUCACCACACACAUCACCGUACUCGUCCCCUCGUUCAAGGGCCCGCACCAUCUCCCGCCCGCCUUUACCAAACCACCCACACGAGCAAUACAAUGGCAACGGGAACGACACAACACUAACAUUCGGCUCUUCUUCGUCCCCCCCGCGCGUCAGACACCGACACCACCACCACUCGCCCCCGUCCAACCCAGACUCGGACGGAGACUCCGAGUCUGAUUUCGUUCAUCCCCACCACCACAUACACCACCGCAGCCCACGCUCCACCUCCCCACUCACACUAGCCCAAAACACACCCCUAGACGCACUAAAAGCGCGCUUGUUACCCCUGCGCCAUAUCGAGGCUCUCCUCAUCGCAAAACUCGUCCCGCCCAACGAGGAAGAGGCGACGCAUUUCGCUCGUCCUGGUCCCCCUGGUGUUGGUGUUGGUGCUGGAACGAGUGCAGGGUCCUCUUCCGGGGCGAGUUCUACGUCGGGUGGGACGGGGAACCACGCGUAUAGGAACCAAGAGAUUUUCGUUAGGCCUGGGACGGGGUGGAAGGGCGGUUUGGCGCGUGCUAGGGUUACUUAUCCUGGGUCUGGGUAUGGGUACGGCGACGACCGCGGUGUCAAGCAAAACGGGAGUAGUGGGAAAGGGAGUAGUGGAGGGAAUGGGACAAGACCAAUGAGCGCAGGUACCACGGGUCUUGAAACGCAGGAUGAGCCGCAGGAGGUGUUGAAUAUGUGUAGGAGGGAUAUGAUUGCGCUUUGGAAUGAUGAGGGUGUUAGGGAGGUGUUGAGACGGAGGAAGAUUAGGAUUGAGGAGGAGUCGGGGUUUUUUUUGGACGACCUAGAGAGAUUGACGUCCCUCAAGUAUAUGCCUACGGAUGACGACGUCCUCAAAGCCCGGCUCAAAACCGUUGGCGUAUCAGAGUACAAAUUCGAGAUGGAAGCGACUGCGGGGAGGGAUAGCGGUACGGAGUGGAGGAUUGUGGAUGUUGGUGGGAGUCGGAGUCAGCGUCCUACGUGGGCGCCCUUCUUCGACGAUGUGGAUGCUAUUAUCUUCUUGGCACCCAUAUCAGGGUUCGACCAAGUCCUUUCGGAAGAUCGCACAGUGAAUAGGCUGUUCGUUCGUUCGUUUGGUGGAUUUGUUCGAUGCCGCGACGUGGCGGUCCUUCCAUCUCUGUUGUUUUUGCAGUCGAUGUUGUUUUUGCUCUUUGCCUUGCCUUCCCUCUGCCUACCUCUUGAGGGUCAGCUUUGGGUAUCAUUCCAAUGA